AUGAGCUCUACUGCGAGACAUAACCACGACCAAGACUGUUCUUGUGCGGAUCCGAACUCGCGUCUGACAAACGCCUCCCUCGCUAAGAUUGCACAGCGAAAAGAUGCAUUGGACCCACAACAACUUUCACCUCAAGACAUCGAUGCGACCGUCACCUUCUGCCUCGAAUACCUCCAAGCAACCGAUGUGCCUCUGAGAGAAAAGGGCUGUUGUACCCAUGUUAUGGGCCAACUUCACGCCAAAUUCGCCCUCGAAAUGCUCGCCAAAAUCUCUUACAUUCUCCGUCCCUCUGUUGACUCUCCGUUCGUUGCACGACUGGUAGAAGCUUGGCCCGGCAUCUGGAAGUGGCUAGAAUAUACGUUCCAAGAUUGGAUUGUCCACCCUAUGUACAAGUUCGAAUAUGGUGGCACAGAGACGGGCAGAUAUAACGCCUUCGUCAUGGUCAUAUCCUCCCUGCGCAGUUUCAUCAAGCUUCCUCCAAUUUGCGACCUUCUUCUCGCUGACCAAGGUGGUCUCCCCGUUUACCGCCUGCUUGGUUCUUGCUGGUUUUUCGAGGAUGGAGACGAAUUCAAAGAUGCAUCGAAGAAUGACCGCUUGCUUUCUGCGGCGGAGCCUCUUCUUGAUAUCACAACAUACGUUCCUGGCCGACCAAGUGACUUGUUUUUUGGGUGCCUCAUGUUCGAUAACUCACAAGACUCCCGCGAGUCUGCUCGUGUCGCUCUUAAUCACCUUAGCGUCUACCUUGACCAACCUGCUCCAUGGAGCCCUCCAUUAUUGUUCCUCCUCGACUAUCAUCUUCGAAUGCUUUCCAACAUGGUGAUCUACCCCCAAUAUCGAACUAGUCUAGUCGCGGCAUUUGGUGUCCGCACAGUCGUUCGGAUUCUCGUUGCUCUUACUUCGACAACGUAUGACGACGGCAUUGCGACAGGAAUUGCACAAGCGAUUGUUUCAGCCUUGACCUUUCUGCAUGGGACGCUACCGUCAAUCUCCGGUUAUGCUUGGACCAUCCAUUCAAUUCAAGUUGGAUUGCUUCCGGCUCUUCUGCGUGCUCAAGAGUGGAUGGAUGAUUUGCCAGAAGAUCGCGAUGCAAAGCCAUCGGUCGAGGGCUUGCUCAAGUUUCUCUCGCUGUAUACGAUCUACCCAUCCGUCCUCCGUCCACUGCUGGCUUCUCUGCGACGCAUUGAGGAGCUCAAUCUCGAGGAAAAGCUCAAGGACAGCAAGACAUUUCAUGAGUUGUAUCAGCAGCUCAAAGGAUUCAUUAAAGAGCGGAGUACAAUUUCUCCAGAUAUGGACGUGAAUAUGCGUUGCUCCACGUGUCGCAAUAUUGAUACAAACAAUAACUUUUCAAGUUGCAGUGGCUGUUUUACUGUGUCAUACUGUUCGCAAGAUUGUCAAAAGGCCCAUUGGAAGAGUGCCCAUCGUGCUGAAUGCAAAACCCUGAAGGAACUCCGAGCAGAGGGUCGUGCUCCAGCCCUUCAGCCAGGAAGCGAAGACUAUGAAUUCGCAACUCGCAAGGUAGUCAUGAACGAAAUCGGUCGCCGCAAAGCAGAAAUUGUCCCCGUUUGGCGUGCCGACCCUCCCGAGCGGACCCCUUGCCUGUCGUUUACACUCACACAGGUCGAUAAUCCUCGAGGGGUGAUAGUCGUCGGUGCCCCGGAAAAGCAGCCGGGCUACCACGAGCACCAGGAGUUCCGAGUAAGGUGGGAUGGUGUCGUGAACAACGGGCUGCACAACGAGCACAUUAUCAUUGGCAUUUCGUUGCCGUGGGGCUGUUAUGCUGUUAUGCAUUUUUUGUGGCUUGGCGCCGGUGACGAUGUCGCGCCAGGGGCUAACAUUGUCGAGCGACUGUUCCAGACGGUGGAGCUGAUGUGA